ACUCAUGGACUGCAUGAGGAAGUUUAUUUUACUUGACUGCCAGUCGUAUUCACACUGGGUUAGGUGGAGGAGGUAAGGGGAAGGAGAGGGAGAAAUAGCGAAAAGCAGCUGGAUUUCCUCUGCAUGUAGAUGGUUUGCCAGCACAUCUGAAUAUGGAUUUCAUAGGGAUAAACUUUUCAUUUGUUGCCGAAGGAAAAGGAGAUCUGAAAGCAGUAGGGUCAACGUGCAUCAGGCUCCCAUGAAAGAGUUAACAAUGACAGUACAAAUAGGUGAUAUAAUAGUGAUGCUGAAAAAAGGGGACAUCACUAAAGAAAAUGUGGAUGUCAUAGUGAACUCUACCAACAACACCUUGGACUUGAAUUCCGGUGUGUCUGGGGCGAUACUAGGAGCUGCAGGAAGUUUUGUUAAGGAUGAAUGCAAGAAGAUAGGUGCCAGGUCAGUCAAUGGUGUUGUGGUCACCGGAGCUGGGAAACUGCACUGCUUAAAAAUAGUGCACAUCUUUGGAUAUAAGUCUGACACUUUGAUUGCAGCAUCAGUAGAAGAGGUCCUUGCGUUAUGUGAUGAGUUGAACAUUGCUACUGUUGCAUUCCCUGCCAUAGGAACAGGCCAAGGUGGGAUUGAUCCCCGAGACGCCAUCAACGCAAUCUUCUUUGGAAUUGACAAUUACUUCCUGCCGAACACGGCUUCGAGCCUGAAAACCAUUACAGUUGUUGCAUUUGAUACAACUGUUCAUGAUUGUUUUGCUACGUUUUUUAAUGAAAGGCAGCAAAUGUCUGAAGGAGGCACCAAGGUAACUGAAUCGAUUGCCCCCUCAGUUCUACUGAAGCUCCCAGAAAUUUGGACUCCCAUGAGCAAUGAGGAGUAUCUGAAAGUUAUCCUAGAGGUCGGCUCAGAGGAAUACAACAAAGUUGUUAAUGAUUUCACGACAUCGUGCAAGGACAUCGCAGUUAAAGUUAUUCAGAUCGACAGGAUCCAGAAUUGUAAACUUUGGCAAAGUUACUCUAUCAGGAAGCAGACAGUGGAUAGAAAAUAUCCUAAUGUGGUAAAUGAACAGAUCCUGUAUCACGGGACCAAACACGAAAUUACCCUGAGAGUAAACAGGACAGGCUUCAACAGAAGCUUUUCCGGUAGGAAUGCCAUAUCUUAUGGAAGAGGCACUUACUUUGCCAAAAAUGCCCAAUACUCAUGUGACAACACGUACUCCAACCCCAGCGACCAGGGAUACAAAUACAUGUUUCAGGCACGAGUGAUAACUGGGAAGAUGUGCCUGGGGGACCAGUCGCUAAUAGAACCAACUCCAGUCGAUCCAAACAAGGAUCCGAAUGAUCUCUGUGACUGCGCGGUGGACAACAUAUCAAACCCGUCCGUUUUUGUUAUCUUUUGUGAUGACGGGGCUUAUCCCGAAUACUUAAUAACCUUUAAAAUGUAAGGAACAGCACAAUUAGAUGGAACCAAGUCCAUUUGAAGGAAUACUGGGGACGAAAUUCUACCUGGGGCUGGAUUUAUUUUUAUUUUCUUAACAUUUAAGAAUUUGGCAAAUUGCUGAAUUCACUCUCAAUUUGGAAGGCAGUUUUCGUAGUUCUUAGAAAAAAAGGCAAAAAAAUUAAGACUGUAUUUCGGAACUUGUCAAGUUCUCUGUGCUCUGGAAUGCUAAGAAAAUAGAGUAAUUUUUCACCCAUGGGGGAAUCUUAACCCCACUGUUGAUGUGCACCCUACCUAAUAUUCAAUCAAACCUGCGGACAGUUCUAUAGUUCUUCCUUGAAGAAUGGCAAAGUCGAUUCAGAUGAAGAAGCACCUUUGACCCAGUUGAUCUCAUCCUUCCAGAAAACCCACCUGACAUUUCUCCUAUCACUGCUGUAUUUAAAUGAGCCCACCUUCAGAAUCUCAACCACCUUUUCUGGUAACCUGUCCCAUUAAUUACCUUCUUUGUAAAGAAAUACUUCUUGGUGUCCGUCUUAAAAUUGCCCUGUGCCUUGAUACCCUAAGUAUUGUUUUGGGUUUACUUUAUCUCAUUUGGCAUCUUUACCUGGCGUCCCAGAUUAACUGGGGUCUGGCUGAAGCGGCUUCCACUAUAUUUCGAAUGGCAUUUAAAUUGCUUUCAGAUCUCCUUACUUGCAUAGUUUUCAAUUAAGUGCAAUAUAAGCUGCUACAACUCAUGCACCUUACUCUUGCUAAUGAGGAAAUAGAAAUCGUAAUAUAUACAUGUUCAGUCACUCUCAACAUUCCUCCUGUCACCCUGUUUAGUGAAUCUAGGUUUAACUCCACUACUUUGCUUGUAGGCUAAAAUAAAUACCGACACUUUCAGACAAUUGACUUGAAUUAUUCUGACUAUAUCAGUUGAACCAAAUUAAAAAGCUAGCACUCUGAAGUAAUUAUAUGAAACAGCAUGCACUUUGAAAAAAAAUAGAAUUGGUGCAAUAAUCUUUAACAGUUCGUGUUUCACCUCUUGUUCCUGACAAGAGUAAAAUGCUUCAAAAACGGGGACCAAUUUGCACCUUUUCUUAAUGGAGUUCCUUCAUAAGGAAUCAGAGUCGCAGAAAUGAGGGCUCUUUCCAGUAACCGGAGUGCGUCACACUGACCCACAGGAACCCUAAUUCCCAAUCGGAAUCAAUGGGAAUUCAAACAGGCUUCCUGAUUAAGGAAUCGUGUUAAGAAAUACUGCAAAUUAGACCAACUGGUCAUUCAACACGGAUGCACUUUCUAUAUAGCGGCUUCCUGUGGUAAUUUGCCAUUGUUUUCAAUACAAAGGAACCGUCUCCAGCUACUGUACUGUUUGUAACACAUUUAUAACUUUAAUGCAAUUUUGAUAACCUGAAAUAAUUUUUGGUUGCUCAUUUAUUAACCCUGAAUUCUUGAUACAUCAGAUCUGAAAAGCUUGUUGGAAUUGUAUAUUGUAAAUUCCAAAGGCUUCAAUGUUUUGUGUUGUCUUUAUUGCCAAUAAACAGUUGCUGAAUCUUG